CCGCAAUGGCAACAAAACUCACCUGCAGAAGAGCCUUCGCCCCUGUAAUAUUGAAACGCACUUUUGCAUGGGCACAACCCCGGAACGGCGUGGAAAACCCGAACGAAUCUCGUGCAAAGACCGCACCAGGGCGGCCCUGGAACGGUGAUCAGCUAUACCUACGGCUACAGAAAAUUGCGAAGCAGCCGUUUCCAAGGACCAACCCUCACUCUUUCCAAUCAUCCUACAUAACCAAAAAACGACACACCCGGAACCUCAUAGUCUAUAAAGCCCCUGAAUCUCCACUAAAGCGCUGUACGGACCCGAUCUCCACGGUCCACGCCAGCCAAAUCUCCCUCCUCGAUCCUACUGGAGCACGCACCCGUCUCUUCUCCAAAACCAACCCCGAAUGCGCACGCGUCGGUGACAUACUGCUCGUGCGAAUGCGCACCGGGGACCCGUUUUCCGGCGUCUGCAUCAACAUCCGGCGACGCGGCGUCGACACCGCGAUCCUUUUACGCGGACAGCUGACGCGUGUGGGGGUGGAGAUGUGGUAUAAGAUUUAUAGUCCGUUAGUGGAGGGGAUUGAGGUUGUGCAGAGGGUGGCGAAGAGGGCGAGGAGAGCGAGGUUGACGUAUAUGCGGAAGGAGAAACAUGAUCGUGGGGAUGUGAGUAAUGUGGUCAGGAUGUAUUUGAGGCAAAAGGCGGCGUUGGGGAUUGGGGGUGCGAAGGGGGGAAAGAGGGUUGGCGGGUUGGGGCCCGUGGGUGGGAAGAAGAGUGGGAAGGGGAAGAAGAAGUAG